UCCUUCCUGGGUGAAGAAUGCAGACUAUCAAGUGCGUCGUUGUCGGAGAUGGCGCCGUGGGCAAAACUUGUCUUCUCAUCAGCUAUACCACCAAUGCGUUCCCAGAAGAGUACAUCCCUACUGUGUUCGACAACUACAGUGCCCAGAUGACUGUUGAUGGCCGGACAGUUAGCCUGAAUCUCUGGGACACUGCAGGUCAGGAGGAAUACGACCGCCUGCGCACGCUCUCGUAUCCCCAAACCAAUGUAUUCGUCAUCUGUUUCUCCAUCGGUAGCCCCUCUUCCUAUGCAAAUGUGAGGCACAAAUGGCAUCCUGAAGUUUCUCACCACUGUCCGAAUGUCCCCAUUCUUUUAGUGGGCACGAAGAGAGACUUGAGAAAUGACCUGGAAACAGUUAAAAAGUUGAAAGAGCAAAGCUUGGCUCCCACUACCCCACAGCAGGGGACUUCGCUGGCUAAACAAAUUGGAGCAGUCAAAUACUUGGAGUGCUCAGCAUUGAAUCAGGAGGGUGUUCGGGAGGUGUUUGCCGAAGCUGUGCGUGCAGUCCUGUAUCCCGUGACAAAGAAGAACACAAGAAAAUGUGUCUUGUUGUAGUUACCUCGGAUGAUGGAUGUUCAGAGUUGAUACUGACUAGAACCUUGGAGGGUUCUGUAGUGAGUUAAAUUGAAGAGUUUCAUCUUGCACUAACAGCUGUAAGCAGAACUGGUUUAUGCAACGAAUAUUCUUGCAGUCUUAUUGCUUCAGGGAAACUGAAACAGAACAGGUUGUUUUGUGGUUUGUUUUUUUUUCCAACGGAGAGGUCAAAUACCUGCUUUAUUUCUAAAGUUCCAGUCUCCAGCUUCUCCAGGGAUCGCUUGGCUUCUGUCCAUAUUUAGCAGAGGAAAACAAAAGAAGCGACUUCUUUGAAGCCAGACUUUUUUACUAGAUAGCCAUCAGUUACUAGAUUUGCUGAAAAGCACCAAUUCUGGUAACUUUGCUUGAAGCAUCGCUGCUGCUUUUCCCAUCCCAUACAUACUGAUUGAAUUUGUUUUACAAACAGAAGUCUCGCUAUUCGGUUGUUUUGAUUUGUCAAUUUAAAGCUUGAAAACUACUUGUUUACAUGCAAAAAUGCCUGAAA